CUUUUUCCUGUGCCACGAACAUGACCUCUAGCAUCUGAGGAUUGAGUCUGUAAAGUCACUUUCACUUUGGGAGUUUGCUGCUUCUUGGUUAGGCGGCCACUCAGGAAGUGGGGAGAGGGGAUGCUGCACCGAGCCACUCCUGCACCUCCCUGACCUUGUCUGCCUCUCGCCCCCGGGGAGAUUAGUGUCCAGGUUACUCCACUAUGCCACCACCCCCAGUGGCCUUGCCACCCCCACAGCCUGCAAGUAUAAGACCAGGUAAACACGGAAGGGGAGGCACCAAAGAUGGAGACGCUCCAGGGGCUGCUGCUGUGGUUGCUGCUGAGUGCGGGCGGGGUGUGGGCAUCCAGGGGGCCACUGAGGCCACUGUGCCAGCCCAUUAAUGCCACCCUGGCUGCGGAGAACGAGGCCUGCCCUGUCUGCAUCACCUUCACCACCAGCAUCUGUGCCGGCUAUUGCCCCAGCAUGGUGCGGGUGCUGCCAGCUGUCCUGCCACCAGUGCCCCAGCCAGUGUGCACCUACCAUGAGCUGCGCUUUGCCUCCGUCCGGCUCCCCGGCUGCCCGCCAGGCGUGGACCCCAUGGUCUCCUUCCCUGUGGCCCUCAGCUGUCGCUGCGGGCCCUGUCGCCUCAGCAGCUCCGACUGCGGGGGUCCCAGAGUCCAACCCUUGGCCUGUGAUCGCCCCCCACUCCCAGGCCUCCUCUUCUCCUAGGCAUCCCCUCAACCUCCCACGCCCACCCUGACCUGUGGAGCCAGAUGUGCCUCUUCUCCCCGCCCCAUAAAAUAAAGGUU